AACCUAGCUUCAACCUCAUAUCUCUGAAAAACACCUAAGAGAGCAAGAGAUCGAGAGAAACUUAUGUCGAACCAAGAUUCUGUUCAGUUGGAUGUCCAAGAAAACCAUGUGGUGAUUGGAAAUGGUAUAGUUGAAGUGACUAUAUCAAAACCAGAUGGUUUUGUCACUGGAGUCUCUUACCAAGGCGUCGACAAUCUACUAGAAAUUCGAAACGAAGAUUACAAUCGAGGGUAUUGGGACCUUGUUUGGAGCGAAGAAGGAGCACCUGGAACCACAGGGAAAUCUGAACGGAUCAAAGGCACAAGUUUUGAAGUAGUAGUGGAAAAUGAGGAACUGGUGGAGAUUUCCUUCUCAAGGAAAUGGGAUUCUUCUCUCAAAGACAGUAUUGCUCCCAUUAAUGUCGACAAGAGGUUUAUAAUGCGUAAAAAUGUAACUGGAUUCUACUCAUAUGCAAUAUUUGAGCAUCUAGCGGAAUGGCCGGCUUUUAACUUGCCUCAGACAAGGAUUGUCUACAAGCUUCGUAAAGACAAGUUUCAAUAUAUGGCGAUUGCUGAUAACAGGCAGAGGAAAAUGCCACUCCCAGAAGAUAGGUUGGGUAAAAGAGGAAGACCCUUGGCUUUUCCUGAAGCUGUUCUUCUUGUUCAUCCUGUUGAAGAAGAGUUUAAAGGAGAGGUUGAUGACAAGUACCAGUAUUCAUGCGAAAACAAAGAUCUGAAAGUGCAUGGAUGGAUCUCACAUAACCUGAAAUUGGGUUGCUGGCAAAUCAUUCCUAGUAAUGAGUUCAGAUCAGGUGGCUUGUCCAAACAGAACCUUACCUCCCAUGUUGGUCCCAUCAGUCUCGCUAUGUUUUUGAGUGCUCACUAUGCGGGUGAGGACAUGGUGAUGAAGGUGAAAGCAGGGGAGUCAUGGAAGAAAGUGUUUGGUCCUGUUUUUACUUACCUUAAUUGUUUGCCUGACAAAACCUCUGAUCCUCUUUCUCUAUGGGAAGACGCGAAAAACCAGAUGUUAACUGAAGUUCAAAGCUGGCCUUACGAUUUCCCGGCUUCAGAAGACUUUGCAGUGUCCGAUAAGCGCGGUUGCAUUAGUGGUAGAUUACUAGUAUACGACAAAUACCUUAGUGAUGAACUUUUACCGGCAAAUGGUGCUUUUGUAGGUUUGGCUCCACCAGGAGAGGUUGGAUCCUGGCAGUUAGAAUCUAAGGGAUAUCAAUUCUGGACAGAAGCAGAUGUAGAUGGUUAUUUCACGAUAAAUAAUGUCCGAGAAGGCGAAUAUAAUCUCAAUGCUUACGUGACAGGAUGUAUUGGAGAUUAUCAAUACGAACAGUCAAUUAACAUUACUGCAGGCUGCAGCAUUGACGUUGGCAAUAUCGUUUAUGAACCGCCUCGGGAUGGGCCAACAGUGUGGGAAAUAGGGGUACCUGACCGAUCUGCAGCUGAGUUCUUUGUUCCAGACCCAAAUCCCAAAUACAUCAACAAACUAUAUAUUGGUCAUCCUGAUAGGUUUAGGCAAUACGGGCUAUGGGAAAGAUACACAGAACUAUAUCCUAAGGAAGAUUUGGUGUUCACCAUUGGCGUCAGUGACUACAAAAAAGAUUGGUUCUUUGCACAUGUUACCAGGAAACUUGAAGAUGACACAUAUCAAAAAACGACAUGGCAAAUCAAAUUUAAGCUAGAGAAGGUACAGAACAACAACAGCACAUACAAGAUCCGGAUCGCGUUAGCAACAGCAAAUGUAGCAGAGUUACAGGUGAGGGUGAAUGAGGAAUUCAGUGAUAAGAGUACUCCGAUGUUCACAACGGGUGUUAUCGGACACGACAACGCCAUUGCAAGACAUGGGAUACGUGGAAUCUAUAGGCUUUAUAACGUGGAUGUACCAAGUGAGAAGCUUAUCGAAGGAGACAACACUUUGUUCUUAACUCAAGCCAUGACUACCGGUAGUGGAGCCUUCACUGGUCUCAAUGGUCUCAUGUACGACUAUAUCCGCCUUGAAGCACCUCCAUUAGAUUCAAACUCUCACCUAUAAUUUGUUGGUUUAAGACAGUAUUAUUAAAUACGUACGCCCUUGUCUUAUGGGUUUACUAUUACUAAACUCCAUUACUAAUAAAAAAAGUAUUAUUAAA